UUAUUUAUUUUUUUUUACAAAGAAAAAGAUUUAACUAAAUUAAUAUCUUUAGCAAAAGGAAAAAUGGAACAACGUUCAAUUGCGUACUUUUCUUCCAUUAACCCGCUCGCGAGAAAGAUAAUAAAAGAUGAAGGAAAUUUGAAAAGCGCUUUAAAGGGACGUUGGGAUGAAUUAAACUGGCAAGAACAAGAGGCAUUGAUUGAUGAUUUUCUGGUUGACAACUCUAUUAGACAGCGAUAUGCUGACACAGAAAAAGUUCAUUCAUAUCCCAAGUCUUUCCCUAAGCUCAAAGUUGAAACUGGAGAGAAGAUUGUUGUUGACUUUGAAAAUGAUUGCUGGACAUGGCAAGAUGAGCAUUCAUCUCCUUUUAAUUGGCGGACAAAGAGUCAGCAAGAUCUUACACUAGAUGACCUAGAAGCAGAUGCACUGUGUAGUAAACCAGCAUCUAAAGGAAAGAAAGUUGAGACAAGCAUUAACCAGCCAUCUGAAUCUAUAGAAGAAAGAACAGAUGAAAACAGGGAGUUUUCAGUACAAACAGGCACAAGUAUAUGGGAGUCACCUUUCCUACAAGGAAUGAAGAAACCAGACUUCUUAAACAGAUCAAGAAGCACAAGUCCUACAAAGUCCGCAACAUCAAGAGAAUCAUUGAUGACAAGUAGAUCUAAGACACCAGAGGAAGUUAACUAUGCUUUUACUGGAAGUGUUGAUGAUUUUAUCCAGCUCUCCAAGUAUUGUAGGAGACAGAUGUUCCUCUGUCUCCAGUGGGAAAUACUAGCAACAUCACCCUUCACAUGAAUCUGUAAAUCCUGU